GGUACAUGCAUCCUAUAUUAGAGUACUACAAGACAAACUUUUUUUAAGAACCAAUGAACAAAGACUGGGGAAAUGGCGGGAAGAUGAUACGGGGCCAAAUCUACCAUAACGAAGUUUCAUGUCGUACUCUUAUCCGCAUGAGUUCAGAAGCGUUUAUUCGUUUAUGCGAAGUUCUUCAAACGAAGUAUGGAUUACAAGAGUCAAAUAAUAUAAAAGUGGAUGAGAGCGUCACAAUUUUCUUGAUUUUGUGUGGCCAAAACGAUACUCAACGUGACAUUGGUUUAAGAUUUGGCCAUUCGCAAGAGACUAUAUGCAGAAAAUUUCACUAUGUUCUUGGAGGAGUGGUACAAUUGGCUGUUGACUAUCUACGACCAAGAACAACUCGUGAGUUUGAAGCAAUAUCGAAUAGCUUACAUGGAGACAAGCGGUAUUCACCUUAUUUUAAUGGUUUUGUCGGGGCUCUUGAUGGAACACAUGUACCAGUAAUGGUGACUCCAGGUCGAGAUGCAUUACGUUUUGUGAACCGAAAGGGAACAGCAAGCCUUAAUGUUUUGGGAAUUUGUGAUCAUGAUAUGUUAUUUACAUAUUGCUUCGUUGGAAUGGCGGGAUCAACACAUGACUCUAGAGUGCUGGACACCGCGAUGCGAGAUGAUCCAAUGUUUCCUCAUCCUCUAGAAGGAAAAUAUUAUCUUGUAGAUUCUGGUUAUGCAAAUAGGCGUGGUUAUCUAGCUCCAUAUCGAAAAGAAAGAAUAGAAGGUACGCGAUAUCAUCUCCAAGAAUUUUUUAAUAAUGAACCUCCAAAAAACAGCAAGGAAAUGUUUAAUAGAUGGCAUGUGUCACUACGUUCAGUUAUUGAACGUACAUUCGGUGUUUGGAAACAAAAAUGGAGGGUUUUAAAUGAAUUUCCUAGGUAUGAUAUCUCAACACAAAGAAAAGUUAUAUUUGCAACAAUGGGACUCCACAAAUUUAUUCGUUGGAACAAAAUUAAAGAUAUUGACUUCAAAGAAUUUGAUGUGGGGAGGGACACUACACAUUCACAUUCGAAUGUGAACAAUCAUUCAGAUGAUGAGAGUGAGGAACAAGUGAACCAAAACACAUCGGCAUGACAUGAGCUUAUAUGAAGAUUGUGCGAGAUCAUAUCGCUAAACAAAUCUGGACUGAUAAAAGACAUGCUUCUCGUCGACUAUAGGUUCGUAUCUUUAUAAAUACAAGUUUGCAAAUAAUUAUAGAUACGUGAAAUUUAACAGGUAUUACAUUAUAGUUUUUUUCUUGUGAAAAAUAAAUCAAAUGUAUGCUGUGCAGGUGAAAUUUACGUGUGAAGGAAGAAGAGACACCAAGACCUAUGGACAAGAAAAGUUUAACUAUAUUU